AUGGGAGUAUACUUGUGUACCUUAGGACCGAGGAAACAACUGAACCAACUGACCUCGUAUGUUGAUGGUGGCAGUGUAUAUGGGAUAUCUCUUGAAGAAGCUGCCGAACUACGAACCUUCCAAGGUGGCCUAUUGAAGACCCAGUUAACGAGGGACGGGGUGGAACUACUCUGGCCAGACAAGAAUCUUCCAGGCUGUAAUGCGCCGGCAAAGAGCGCUGAGGGGGAGUACUGUUUUAAGGCGGGCGAUAACCGAGUGAACGAACAAAGGUUUUUGACGACGGUAACGACGGUGUGGGCGAGGGAACACAACCGCCUGGCGAAAAGACUGGCGAAGAUCAACCCUCACUGGGAUGAUGAGAGACUGUUUCAAGAGGCGAAGCGAAUAGUUGUAGCGGAGAUUCAACAAGUUGCUUACAAUGAAUAUUUGCCUCCUGUGUUAAGUCCUAAGCUCAUGGCAGCAGCUGGACUCAAUACAGGAACUGAUGGUCAACAAACAACUGAUUAUAGUGACAGAAUUGAUCCAUCUAUGACGACUGAGUUCGCUACUGCUGCCUUCAGAUUUGGUCACUCCCAAAUUCCCGACCAACUUUUUGAAGUAGCGCAAAAUGGAAGAACCACAGUUGAAGACUUCAGUAGUGUGUCAUUUAACCCUUUCGCACUGUACCUGCCGGGAGUACCUGAGAGACUAGUGAGAGGAGGGCUGGUCCAGGCUGCAGGCAAUGUGGACAUGGGCAUAACUAUGGCGGUGACCGGGAAGCUGUUCCGUCGUAUGAAGCAGUUUGGGCUGGACCUUCUCGCUCUCAACUUACAACGAGGGAGGGACCACGGCAUACCUGGCUACGUCAGAUACAGGAUGGCGUGUGGCCUGAAACCUGUCAAUAACUUUGAUGAGCUUGUACCUGACAUGGAGCCUCAGACCUUAGUUAAUCUGAAGAAGGCCUACAAGAGGGUUGAGGACAUCGACCUGUUUGUCGGCGCUCUAUCAGAGAAGAAAGUGACUGGCGGCAAUGUGGGUCCCACCCUCGCCUGUAUCUUGGCAGACCAGUUUGUGAGAAUCAAGAUGGGAGACAGAUUCUGGUUCGAGUACAAGGACUCCCCGGGAGCUUUUACUGUUGAUCAACUGAGAGAGCUCCAGCUGGUCUCCUUCUCUCGUCUUCUCUGCAACAACAUCAGAGAACUGAAUCAAGUCCAACGUUGGUCGUUGAUGGUCAUAAGCCCUUUUAACCCUCUCUUAUCAUGUGACUCUAAAUGUAUUCAAAGUCUGAACCUCGACCAUUGGAAAGAGAAGCACUAGAUACCAUUGUAGUGCAAGGUACCAUUAUAGAACAAGAUACCAUUAUAGAGUAAG